UCAUACCGGAAGUGAUCCUGUUGGAAGGCUGAGCAGCAUCAGCUAGUAGCGGUUUAUUUUCAAAGCAAUCUUUAAUGCAACAUAGAAUAAUUUGAAGCGAUUCUCUUGAACUCGAUAUGAAGCCUCCUCCUCGCACACGUAACAAACCUGAUCGCAAUCUGACUUCCCAGCCAGCGACGCAGACUGCAAGAAAACGAACCUGCAGCUGGUCUCGGAAGGAGCAGAUGAUGCUCUUGGACGCCCUAAAGAAACUCAGAAAGGACGGCGCAGCGCUAAUUAACAUGGACUUCUCAGUGCUCAACAAGGCUGUGCCUUCUCGCUCCGUAUCUGAGAUCCAAUCUGUGGUGGAGUGUCUUCAGAACAAAGUCAUCUCCAACGCCAGCCUCCAGAUGAAGAUGAGUAUGUUGGCAGAGAAGAAGGCGGAAGCGCCCAUCGAGAUGUGGACGCGCUUGGCCUUCGCUGUGAGCGGAAGCCACAAUGAGCCCAUUUCUUCUGCUUUCUCUCAGAUGUUGACUGUGGCGUCCACAGAACCUCGCAGCCUCCAGAACUGUGACCCACCCCAGCUUCACACGGCUGUGCACAGUGAUCACCUUGUUGGGCGGACUGUCCCUUUAAGACCAUUACCUGCACCUGUCAGAGCCCAGGCCAAGACUCCAGCAGCAACCGUGGCUGCAGCCAAAAGACUCGAGCAGAUUCCGCCUAUAGCGACCACAUCCUCUUGCCAACCGACCGUCAUCCAGGAGCCGAGCCCCACCCACACCGCCGACCCUCAUCCUGCGACUUCACCUGCUUCUGUUGCUAGUCCCACCCCUUCCCAGGCUGGCUCUCCGGUUUCAGCCUCUUCCACAUGCCCCUCCACGAGUGCCUCACUCUCGCCGCACACCAGUGCUGCUGUGGUGAACACCGGCAGUCACACUGCCAAAACAUCUCCCAGGGUGCUGGGCGUUAAGUGUGUGGUGGACUUUGAGAGGAUCUACAACUACUUGAGCUCUGUCCAUAAACCGGAUAACAAGUAUGAGCUCACGGCCAUGGAGAGCGCCAUUGUUUUGGACCUUCUGAUGUCCCUCCCAGAGGAGCUCCUCCACCUGGACUGUAAAAGACUGCACCGUCACUUCAUCCAGGUGUACCAGACCCUCUCACAACCUGCCGACUCCGAGAAGGCCAAAGAAAUAUUGCAAGAGCAAAAGACAGGCCUGCAAGAAAGCGAGCAGCCAGAGCCUCAGCAGGAGCACAGCGGGACGUCAAGCCCAAAUGAAUUAUCAGGGAGCAGCGGACAAAUGAAAGACCCAAAGCAGAUGGGACGCUGCCCUCCACUCAACCCUUUCAUGGUUCCACUGGAGUUGUUAAAGCACAUGUAGGUUGAGGUCGUGAGUGGUUGUAGCUUUUGUACAUAAUAUAACAUGCUCACAUUCUUUCACCAUUGUUCUGUUCUUUAACGUACGUUUUGCUGACUUUUGUUGAAAUAAAAUGUCUGACACCAAGAAUGCCUAAGUUUGCCACAUCAUUUGUGACACACAUUAACACACUGUACGUAUGAAUUACACAUUACCACAGUUUUUGGCCGUUUUUGUUUUAUUCUUUCAGUUGCAGCCUGGGUGGUGUCACGUGAACGUGAGCCCAAAUAAAAAUGAAAUGUAGAAAUAAUAUUAAAAGCGGUAAGUCGUGCCAUACGAGUGUAAGUAUGUUUGUGGUAGUGGUCACUUAAAACACACAAAUGACAUGUAUGUUGAUGUAGCUAACAGAAAUAAAAAUAAAGACGCUGCAGUGCUGAAACUCAGAGAAGCUGGGGAAUUGUAAUAACAGAAUAUGAGUGGCAAAUGGAGGGGUUUUGAGAUUCAAUUUUAUUUACAGAAACAACAGAUACUGGAUAUGUGAAAUAAAAUACUUGCAAAAGGAAACUAUUGUCUUCUUUUUUAUGGGCACUGCAAGCAGUGUUUCAGUGUUGAAAACCAAGUCCUACAUAAGUCGGGAUGUACAAAAACCGAGGUACCCCUGUACUAUCAGUAGAGAGUACCUGACUUGACAGGU